CACAACUGCUCCAUCUCAGUUUUGGUCAAAACUGAAUGUUGAAUGGUCCUGCUGCAUUAAGCUGCUGUUUCACAAUUUAAAACUGAGUUUUUAAAACUCUGUUAUGUACUAUGGUCUCUUUGUUUUGUAAAUCUGUUGUAAUCAUUUAUGUUGUGGAGUAAGUUUUAAACAAAUUCAGUAGAGUUCUGAACUAUUAAGUUCUGACCAUUGCAUCAGUAAGUUUUAAACAAAUUCAGUAGUUUUAAACAAAUUACUAGAUCAUUGAGUUCUGAACCAUUCCAAAUUCUUAAUUUUUUGAUCGACAACGACGGCUCCUCCUCUUCCAAGUCUAGCCCAUCGACGACGACGGCUCUAAAAUGAACAUGUAUGCACAAGUGCCCCUCCUUCUCCAAGUCUGCAGUUUGAUACAGUACAAGUCUGCAAGUGCUCUGCAAUUCUAUUUUUAUACCUUGUAUGGUGCAAUACAGUGAGCAACCUUUAUAUACUCUUAAGUAUAUGUACUGUGAUUUUUCAUUGUUUGUUCAGUCAUGCACGUGGCUCUAAAUUAGGUGAUUCGUUCGCCAGUCUAAAUCUGUAAUAUGGCUGCACGUUGUAAUCUUGGCAGGUUUGACUGUUUAAUGUUAUCUGUGAAUGGAGAGACAAAAACUGUAAUGCAGGAGAUAACUCAUGGUGCCUGCAACUAUCUCCUAAAACCCGUUAGCAUCGAGGAGCUUAGGAAUAUCUGGCAGCAUGUUGUUUGGUCCGUUGAACUACAUAGAAAAUUCAUCUCUGCUGUCAACCAUCUUGGAAUUGACAAAGGUGUGCCGAAAAGGAUACUUGACCUCAUGAAUGUUGAAAAACUCACUAGGGAAAAUGUUGCAAGUCGUCUACAGGUUGACCACACUUUAUAUCAUGUUGGACCACCUUGGAAUUUGUAGAUACUUUUAUCGUCGAAGGAUGUACUCACAGAACAAAAUGAGUGGAUUGUGCUGUUCUACUCUUCUGUCCAUAGCAGUGGGAUAUGUUUUCUGCACUGCGCGGCUACCCUCUAAUGUAUGUUUCCUGCACUGUGCGGCUACCCUCUAAUGCACUACUCAACCUUCAGUCUCUUUCUGUACAAUGACUUGAUCUAAUUACUAUGAAUGACCUGUGAGUGUCUUGCUUUGUAUAUAAAUGACUUGCUCUAUUUUCGAUCUAUCAGACUCUGUGUUUUUGGUCCAUUCGUUUUUGCCAAAGUUAUGCGUCGAGCAUUGAGCUACUCUAUGAAAUUUCUUGGAUCUGUUUAGGUCGCGAUGGCUGACGAAGAGAUCUAGGUUCAUGGCUCGCUAGGUUCAGCUGGUUCCACUAACAGCCAUCUCCGAGCACUUGCAUAGGUCAGCUGAUAUACAUCGCGUCCCCUCUUUGGUUUUACUGGACUGCUGCAAAAAAAUGAUCAGUGUGACUCCGCAAUUUUUGUAAUCAAAGGAAGUACUCACAGAUGUAAACACUGAUAUAGGGUUUGUAGAUGCUUAGAGAUAGCAGUAAAUGAGUAGUAAUAUUUUGAUCCAGACAGUAUGAUGAUUUAAACUCUGUUUUUUAUAUGACCUUCAUGUAGUUAA